GACUACUAGUAUGCCAUGCCGUGUUAGACUUGGUAACAAAUUGCCUUGAUCCGCUGCGAAACUAUAAACUUCUCAAGCCAAUUUAAGUUCAGUAUUCAAGCCUACGUCCUUGCAUCUUCAUCAAGCUACUAUAAUACUCAUAUCUGAGUUGAAUCCCUUGCUUUGCCUUAUGAAUCUUCACGUCCUGUUCUUCUUUGUCUUUACCAUUCCAUCAUUUGUUAACAGCAAGCACCAAUUUGUCUACUCCGGCUUCACUGGUGCUAACCUCACCCUCGAUAGUAUGGUCUCUAUCACACCAAAUGGUCUACUUCAACUGACCAAUGGCACCCUCUGUCUCAAAGGCCAUGCGUUCCACCCAACUCCAUUCCACUUCCGCAAGAAGCCCAAUGGGACAGUGCAAUCGUUUUCUGUCACAUACGUAUUUGCCAUCUACUGCAUCCAAUCUGCCAUCUGUGGUCAUGGCAUUGCGUUCCUCAUUGCUGCAAGAAACAACUUCUCGGAUGCAUUGCAGGCCCAGUACAUGGGUCUCGCCAAUGGAUACAACAAUGGCAACGCAACCAACAACUUCUUUGCUGUUGAGCUCGACACCAACAAAAAUGAUGAGUUCUAUGACAUAAACAACAAUCAUGUUGGAGUCGACAUCAAUGGGCUAAACUCUGUGAACUCCAGCAGCGCCGGCUACUACGACGAUAAUAGCGGUAACUUCCACAACUUGACUUUAGCAAGCUACAAAAUGAUGCAGGUGUGGGUGGAAUAUGAUGGGGGUACCACACAGGUCAAUGUGACCUUAGCUUCCCCUGAACAUGGCCAAACCAAUCAAACCACUCCUCUCUAUUACUUACAACAUAUUAAGAGUACUUCUCACAGAUAAGGUAUAUAUCGGCUUCUCAUCGUCAACAGGUUCAUUCAUUGCACGGCAAUAUGUGCUUGCUUGGAGUUUUGGCAUGAAUAGACCUGCUCCUCCUAUGAAGGAUUCAAGAACGAAAAUCUGCUAGGCAUAGGGGGUUUUGGAAGGGUUUACAAGGGAGUUCUUCCUAUAUCUAAACAGGUGGUUGCUG